CGCAUCCCUACAAGUGGACGGCGGUACGUUUUACCUUUUCUUUUAAGGUUGUCGGCGUUUUUUAGGGACGCACAACCGAAACGAAAUUUGGCUGUGUGCGGUAUCCUCGGGCAUUACUUGCGCCUGGUGUUUAAUGAGUAUGGGUGACAGUAGGUGUGAUUUCAUUGUUGCAAGGAAAGGCCGGCGUUGCCGGUUGCGGCCGCUGUCCGGAUCGCGCUACUGCGGGGAGCACAUCGUGCUGUUAGCGGCGGAAAACGAACAGUCGAGCCACGAUCGGAUCACUUGUCCCCUGGAUUCUACACACACCUGCUCGUCAGCGCUUCUUGAGAAGCAUCUCAAGAAAUGCAAUGCCAAAAAGAAGGAAGCUCAAGAAUUUUUCAUCAGGGACAUCAACUCGGGAAUUCCUUCACUCAGUAAUGGCUCAUGCUUACCUGUAAAGACAGAGCUGAAGAAUGUGAGUGAUGAAAGACUCUGGGAAAUAAUUCGCAAGGUGGACGAAAUCUACAGCGGUUACGCGAUGUCGCCGGAGGAACAUGUGGGCCUUCACUGUGCAUUUGAUGCGGAACUAGAGAAGCUGGCUGGUUGCGUUGUUGCCGAGAAACACCUGCGCCAGAAGGCAGCGCUGCUGAGCUUGGCUGAGAGUCGGGGCCUGCUGACCAGUGACUCCUGCUUCGUCGAGUUUGGUGCAGGACGAGGCCGCCUUUCCUACUGGCUUGCAAAGAUUCUCGCUAAAGAAGACUGUCACUUUCUUCUCGUCGACAAGGCAGCCUCCCGCCACAAGUUCGAGAACAAGGUGAAGAAUGACUUGCCCGAGUUACCAGAAAUCCAGCGGCUGCAGAUUGACAUUCGGCAUUUAUGCCUUGGAAAUGUCAGCCUGCUAAAGGCUCGUCAGAAAAAGCUCAUAGGGCUUUGCAAACACCUGUGUGGGGAAGCAACAGAUUUUGCGUUACGGUGCAUUAUGGAGACAACAAAGCAGCCAGAAGAUGCAGGCAGCAAUGAUUCAUUUGGCGUCCACGGCGUGCUCAUGGCGACGUGCUGCCACCACCGUUGCCGCUGGGACUCGUUCGUGGGACGUCCCCUUUUGGAAGAAUGGGGUCUUGCUCGCCAGGACUUCGAACUGCUCACCGCCAUGGCUGGAUGGGCCACAUGUGCUGCUAGAGCACCACAAGCGGGAGCCCACCAGGAAUGCCCUGAAGAGGCACUCUCAAACGCAGGUGCUGUGAACCGGUAUUUAUGCAUGGGCCUUUCCAUUGAGCGACGCGCCGAGGUGGGCCGUCGUUGCAAGCUCUUGCUGGACACAGCCAGGGCGAGGUACUUGUCUACAAGGCUCACCUCCCGCCUGGUGUACUUCAUUACGCCUGACGUGACGCCGGAGAAUGUUGCUAUUCUAGCUACUGCAUAAUGCUUUAUCCCAUGUUCCUUAUGUCGUAGCCAGAUGAGAAUGUCAUUUCUCUCUGCACUACGUGGCCACUGUAUAAUAAACGAAACAAAGCAAACUUGUGGAGCAGGCACGUUCCUCCACGUGGGGCUCUUGGUUGCACGGUUACUGCGCGAGUUGGGGAGCUGAAAGCUCUCCUUGACCGCAAGCUGUAUUUCCUUGAGAAUUACGAGAGUAAAAGCAGAAAAUAAAACAUGCUCGUGUGAGCAAC